CGCGUUAGGAGCCAUAGCCCACCUUCUUCCCGCUCUCAGCCUUGCUGUGGUUCCCGCGGGGGGGGGUGUGGUGCGGCCCCCCGCAGGGACGAGCCCGGGAUGUGGCCGGGAUUUCCCACAGCCCUUUGGCCUGGGAGGUGCUGAUGGGUCUGGGCAGGUCCCCAGCACAGGAAGGAAGAGGGUGGGGGUGGACAAUAGCCCUCUGCUGCAGGAGCGCCCCUCGAGUGGCAACAGGGAUACCCGCACUGCCAUAGGUUUUCCCAAAGGUGUUGUGUGGAGAAAUUCACGUUCCUGCUUUGCUCUGUGUUUCCUGGGUUUCUUCAGCCCUCGUGACCAGGAAGCUGGUUAUCCUAGUUGCAGGGGGAAAGCCACCUUGGCAGGGGGUGGUAGGUACCCUGACUGAGGUCAUGCAUAGUUAGCCUCCUGUUUUUACUUCCAGCAGGAAGAUCUCGGCUAUGUGCCAGUUCUGUGGGAAACUGGGACUCCUCCCCAGUUUGGUCCUGCGGCUGUACAAGUGAGGGGAUAUAAAUGGCAAGAGGAUAAAUAGCAGUACAAGCAAGAAGAUGCAAAUCUCUUUUUAAGAAUAUGAAUCAUCAGCUUAAACACAUUGUACAUCAGUUGUGUGACGUUUGCAGCUUGAAGUCGAAGAAGUUGGGCUGGAAGGGACCUCCAGAGGUCGUUUAGUCAGUCGCACUUGAUUAGUAACUACAAUGGAAUGCUCUGUAUUGGAUGCGUCUCUAAAACUGACGUGCUACUGAAGGUAAUACGUGAAUGAGACCACUUCAAAAAAAGUUAUAAAUGUUGAAAUAUAGGUGACUUGGAGGAUUAAGAAGAUACAGAUGAGGCCCAUCCCUGCACUGUUUGGGCAAAACAUGCAUUGGUUUUACAGAACAGAGGGAAAAAUUAGGCUAUAGUUGUAUGUCUCCACAGCAAUUUUGAGACUGUGACCACACACCUGUUUGCUCCAGGUCUGCACAUGCUGAAUGCUUUAGAAAAGAUGUAUGGUUGUCAGUGGAGUGGUACCAGAUGUACACUGCCCCCAGUGUCUGAGACUGCAAUUCUAGGCGUACUCUAAAAAGUAAGUGCAUGUCAUGUUUUUGCAAGUGAUGUUUGGGGAGCAGAAGCAAGCAAGCAGGACUGUCUCACAAUUGCCACAGAGGAAGCGUAGGCAUAUUCUUAGAUUACUGACUGGCUGAAAAGCUGAAAAAAAGAGUGUCUUGCCUUUACAUCGGUACAAUAUUAGGCUAAAAUAGGCAACAUGCAGCUUGUGAUGGGGCAAGCUGAGUUUUACUGCACUUAAACAAACAAACAAACAAAUCCCACACACUUUUAAAAAAUCAGCUUGAUUCCUUGAGCUGAUUCUCUAAAAUCCCUGAAACAAAUGCUAAGGUACACAGGAGUACACAGUUUGUACCCACAAGUGAUGGAGUCCACAGAACAGAUAUUUUCCAGAACUCAUUAUCACUACAUUGGUAUAGUGAUUAUUUUUCUUUUUUUCCUCACGUGAUGCAAAAGAUGUAGGCAUUUACUUUAAAGAGUAUUCAGGUGCUGUUCAUCAUGGGCUGAGAAGUGUGUGUCUAUACCUGAUGGGUUACUUAGCGCAGAGAAUUUGAGAGAGCUUUCUGGUUCACAUAUUCUUUUUCUCCUACACCUGAUGCCUGUCCUGUCUGCUGAAUUACCAUACCUUGUGUAAUACCCUGGUGAGCUCCCAAAGCAACGAUUUGUUUUUUCUUGAACUCCAUCCUCAAUCUGGGUAUAGUCUAAGCCAUAUAUAAUGGCUGCAUUUGGCAAUCAGAAAAUGGACCUAACCCAUCUCAACUUCUGUCAACGCUGUGCUAUUAGGAGCCCUAAAACUGACUAGAUCCUAUUUUGAGGCAAGCCAAGGCACCCAUAUUAACCAGGAAAGGAAUUUCAUAAGGUACAACUAUGUGAGUGGAGGAGCAAGCUCUGAAUACCAAUGUAACUAGCAUAUUCAUGCCACUGAUAUUCGGAGUGAUUGAUUUGGCAGUGAUGAGGCACAAGCUGGCCAUGCUAUGGGGGAUGAAACCAUAAGGACUCCAUGUCAUCAUGAGCUUGGGGUCAGGGAUUCCUUUUAUCUAAUCAUGCCUUCAUUUUCUGUAUAGCCAAAAGCUCACAUGAGAGACUGCCGACACCUGAUGGGGUUAAAAGUUUUUAAAAAAUCACUGGCUUUCCUGAUUAUUGUCACAACCCAAAGUUGUGAUUUUUGUUUGUGUGUGCGCUUCGGCACCGCUAAAUUAUUUCCUGCUAUUUGUCGUUUUCUUUGCACGGUAGAGUUCUCUGCUGCAAGAGAGAACUCUGGUGCAACAGGGGAUUUUCCGCCAAAUUACAGCUUCUUUGCAGGGUGCAUUUCUUUUGCAUCAUAGUGAUACACGCUGCAAAGGAUUUCCCGCCAUUUGUAUUAGGAUUUGUGCCACAUUAUUGGCCAAUUCCUAAUGUAGGCACACGUGGCGGCUAGCGAUUGACUUGCUAGCCGUACAAAAUGCUUGUGUGGUUUCCGCCCAAGUUGGAGGACUCCAUGAACAUCCGGAGGAGGGAGGACGAGAGAGAUUCUGUGUGAAGAUCUCCAAGCGCUGCGGACCCUCGCGGACCAAACGCACCUCCCCUAAGCAGGCAAUAGAGGCAAUAGAACCGAGCCUACGGAACUUUCGCUUCUAGCCUCUCCCCAUUGCCGAGCGCAAUCCCAGACGUAUCCCUUUCAUAGAUUCAUAGAUUCAUAGAUGUUAGGGUCGGAAGGGACCUCAGUAGAUCAUCGAGUCCGACCCCCUGCGUAAGCAGGAAAGAGUGCUGGGUCUAGAUGACCCCAGCUAGAUACUCAUCUAACCUCCUCUUGAAGACCCCCAGGGUAGGGGAGAGCACCACCUCCCUUGGGAGCCCGUUCCAGACCUUGGCCACUCGAACUGUGAAGAAGUUCUUCCUAAUGUCCAAUCUAAAUCUGCUCUCUGCUAGCUUGUGGCCAUUGUUUCUUGUAACCCCCGGGGGCACCUUGGUGAAUAAAUACUCACCAAUUCCCUUCUGUGCCCCCGUGAUGAACUUAUAGGCAGCCACAAGGUCGCCUCUCAACCUGUAACUCUUUCCUCUGUAACUCUUAACCUCUUUCCUGUAACUUCGGACCCGCGGAGCCUAAGUAACUCCGGGGAAACUUUUCGAACCUAACCGAACUGGACCCGCGGAGCCUGAACAACUCCGUGGGAGCAAUUGAUUUGUCGUGUUCCUCUAGCGAGAAUCUAAGCGGGAGCUGUGCCUGGAAACCUGUCCAGCCUACACCAAUACCAUCUUUGGCUGCAUCCACCCAAUUUACCUCAGCGCGGCAGCCCUGGCGGCUGGACUACAACCGGCACAGCUGCUGCUUCUCAGCCAGAGAGCCAGCCCCUGACUGGAGCAUGGCCCAGUGGUCGCAUGGUGAAAAAUGGCCUGGUGGCCAGGAACACAGCAGGAAGUGUUUGGGUGCCAGAACCGGAACCAGAUGUGCUCCUUGCCACUGGGAGCACACAGUCACUGCUGCAUAUGCCAACAGCAUUUUUUCUCUAAGUGUAAUGGGUCACAGCAAGCUCCUGUGACACUGGAGUAUCAUCCCAUUGAUGAUCACCUGCAGCAACAUCAAGGAGCAGCCUGGGAUUUAUGAUGAUAACACCCAAGUGGAAAGGGGUGGGAUAUAAGGGAGGAGGAGUCAUACAGAAGACGCACCAAGGAGGGUGCUCCUGAGACGCUGGCUGCUUGGUUCAUACUGGCCUCUAGAGGGAGGCUAAAAAACCAAAAUAACUCUAAACUGGGAAGCAGAGGCACUCUUCAGAAGCGAUACCAAACAGAAGAGACCAAGACCCGAGACACAGUUAGUCCUGCUUAUUAUUCUUUGCAGUAACAGGAAAUUGCAAAAGAAAUGUCAGCUGCCGCAGAUAAUAAAUAAACAGCUUAGCAGUUGGUGGGGAAGGACCAGCUGUGUCACUAGUUAAGAGCAGUAAACUUGAGUCUCCCUAAGAAAAUCUGCAUCCUUGAGAGGGAGGUGAUAUCCUUGGUGUUGCUGCUGAUGCUUUGCCUGUAUCCCUGGGCCAGAUUCUGCCCAAGGCAAAUAAUUUCUGCAGUUUGGUACUGAUAGACUGGGCAUAAUUUACCUUCCUGCCCUCUGUGAAAAGAUGCGGUUAUUCUUCAUUUGCAUUUUAUAUUUGCUCCUGAAACCUAUAGAAACUAUCUAUGGCCACAACAGUUACACAGAAUAUCAGCUGGGCAACAUGAACAUAAUUAUUUCUGUUCCACAUGGUGGAGCAAUGGAACCUGAAGACAUCCCUGAUAGAGAUGCUGGUUGUUGGAAUGCAAACAGUUCCUCUUGUAUCUUCUCUCAUGACUGUCCUCCAGGAACCGUUCAAGACUUUCAAAAGUGCAAGGUGGCUACAAAUCAAGACAGGCAUGUCAUAGAGGUAGGUCAGGCUCUUGCUAAAGAAAUCAGAAAAAUUACUAAAGGCUUCUUCCCUCAUGUGGUUAUAAAUCAUCUCCAGAGAUUCAAGAUGGAUGCUAACAGAGAAAAGGAAGAAGCUACCUUUGGAAUUCCCCAAGCAGAAGAGGCCUGGGAAGACUACAUGGGGUUUAUGAGGUCUGCAAAAUUGCACAUGACAGAAGGCCUUAUUGUGGAUAUCCAUGGCCAAGCACACCCUGAACAAUGGAUAGAAUUAGGCUACACCAUUUCAAAAGCAUCACUCAAUUCAGGGCUAUUUUCUGCAUCAGGCUCUUCUAUUCAAUAUCUUGCCAACCAGCUGGGCAAUGUCACCUUUGAAUCGUUGCUUAGAGGACAUAGAAGCCUAGGUAAAUUUAUUGACGAUCAGAACAAAAUGUACAUUUGUGUUCCUUCUCCAACCAAUCCUAGUCCAAAAAAUGGGAAUUAUUAUAGUGGUGGUUAUAUAACACAAACUUUUGGCUCUCGAUACUCUGGCACUGUUGAUGCCAUUCAGAUUGAGCUGCCUCAGUGGGUAAGGGACAUCAAAGAGAUUCCAAACUUUAGUAAAGCACUAGCAAAGGCUAUAAUGAAUUUCUGGCAAACUAACUACUGCAUCCACAGUGGCCAUCAGCUUCUGGGAUGUUGAAAGAAAAAAAAAUUACUUACAUUGCUAUGGCUAUUUUGUAAUCUAUGCUAAUUUAUCUGAUACACUGGAAUAUAGAUUUCUAUCCGACUGACUUUGAAUUUAAUUGACUCUGAAUUCUUUAGAAGUAAAGUAGUGGUCAAGAGACAAAAAAUACAGGAUACAAAGGAAUGCAAUUCUGAUGGCAAAGCCAUACAGAAAGAAGAAAAACUUGCUAAUAGCAACAACUUAAUUAUUAAAUUAAUACUUAAGAGUUUACAGCAAAAGGACAACUGGUAGCAUCUGUGAUGUCAAGGCAGACUGUAGUCAAGGUAAUUUAGAUUUUGCCUACCCCCUUAGUUAAUUAUCUUCUCAUGAGGAAGGAAUCUUUUUCUGUUCAGUAGUUUAGUUUACUUCAAAUUACAUUGAACAUUGGUGAUCUUCAACAUAUCUAGUUAUUCUCCAAUAAGUGAAAUGUACUGUAGCCUGGCCAGAAUCCUGAGGUCAUUGGUCACUUUAGCAAAAAAACUCACACAGGUUUCAACAGUGAAGGACCUACCUCCUUGGGACAUGGAUGUGGAAUUCAGCCCCUGGAAGCUUAGUUGUGGAGGAAAGACAGAGAAAGUAUCCUUUUAUUUUCAGUUCGUAGGGAAAAUGAUCUGUUGUAGAAUAUACAACUGGAUUUUAGUUCAAGAUUUUUUUCUGUAUGGUGCAGUGCAUAGAACAGAGAGAGAUUUUUUUGCACCAAAAAUAAAGUAUUUCUGCCUCUUUAUGGUAUGGUAAUAUACAUAAAUAGGUUUCUCUGCUAUUUCCUGUUGAACAUCAUUUAAUUAAAUGAUAUAUGAAGCAAAA